AUGGCAUCGACAGACCGCCCAGAAAUCCUGCUUCUAUGUCUCUCGUACCAGGAGUUUCUGGAUGAGAGCUACGCUCCUCUAAUCGACAAACUCGCGAAUUCCGCUAAGGUGAAGCGCGCCAAAUCAGCUGCCGGUGCAAUUCGCUAUUUAGCAGCAAACAACCCCAAAGCCAUCAUCAUCACGGACGAAGGUAUAACCGAAAAGGAAAAUGAAGAAGCACUCCAUAAGUUACACUCGUACAUUCACAAUGGUGGUCUCGCCAUUAUCGGUUUGCAUUUUCCAACUUUUACGCAGAUGGGUCGCUUUGAUUAUCUCUUCGGAAGGGUGUUUGAGCUGCCUUGGAGACAUGGCGAUUAUCAUCGUACCACUUUCCAGGUCAAUCCAUCCUGCACUCUUCCGGCUGGUGUUGAGCUUUCUUCGAUGCCAGAGCCGUAUAGCAUGAAGGUGCUUCAUAUCAAGAACGCGCGCCCUCAUGAGAAAAUUUUUGUGCCUGUAGCCGAUGCUAUGACCCAGUCGUAUGUCUUCCCACCGUCGUAUGUGGAUCAGACUCAAGCUGCGACAGCAGGAGCUAAGAUUGGAGAUGGGUACUUGGUGUACUGCGGUGAUGUGAAUCCCGAAGUUGGUUCGGAUCACACCAUCCUAGCUCUGUGCGGCAUUCAGGCAUGA